UCAGCAACGUUUAGUGAGUUUUGUAGAGAAGGCAAUUGCCCCCUGUUCAAUCAAUUAGGCAUGUUGAGUCCCAAGAGACUUGUUGAGAAGGCCAAGAAGAGGCUCCCCAUGGCCUUGAUGAGAGCCAACAGCAGUUCCAAUUCCUGUCAUGGCACUGCAGUGGUUGCUGAAAAGGGCCAUUUUGUGGUGUACACUGUGGAUGACACGAGGUUCAUGCUGCCUCUGGCAUUCUUGAAGAGAAAGAUUGUCCAAGAGCUGCUCAAGUUCUCCGAAGAAGAGUUUGGACUGCCCGGCGAUGGCCCGAUAAAAUUGGCAUGUACUGGAGUUUUCAUUGAGUUCAUCCUCUCCUUCCUCCAUAGGCAUGCGCCCGGAGAUGUGGAGAAGGCCUUGCUUGCUUCCAUUGAUGCCAACCGAUGCUCAGCUUCUUUGUUGAAUCAUCUUGGAAAAGAUCAGCAUUAUCAUUCAGUAGCAUUGACAUAGAUACCGGAUCUUCUAUUAUUUUUUUCCGAAGCUAAAUAUGUUAAUACACUUAGUUUAAGUAUGUUUUAGUUGUUUUUUUUUUAUCAAA